AUGCCGCCUAGCAUGCAGGACGGCCCGCCGCCUCCCUACUCGGAGACGGACAUCUACUCCAACUCGAGCGGUGGCGAUCGCUCUGCCACCGGUGCCGCCGAGGGUGCUCCCCGCGGCGAUAACGGCUCGCUCAAUGGCGUCGAGAGUCUCUCCUCCGCCACCUGGUCGUCCUCGGGCGAGGUAGUCCCGACUCCCCCCGAGAGCCCCCUGCCCUCCAGCAUCCCGCAGGGCCCCGCCCAGCCGUCGGCCGUCCAGCCGUCGAGCACCGCCGACGACAAGAAGGAGAUGCCCGCCACGGCCCAGGCGUACUUCAACUCGCGCGGUCCCGCGCCGCCCCACACGCGCCGCCUGCCCUCCGAGAUCCAGACCCACUACCUGGACAUCCAGCCGCACACCACCCCGGACGACCUCCGCUACCCGGCCGAGCUGUGCUGGGCUUCGCGCUACGACGUCACCCAGGAGGACUGGCUGACCUUUCUCAACUUCCUCCUGCCGCACCACAGCGCCCGGCACAACGCCGCCGUCAUCGAGCGCAAGAUCCAGAAAGAGCAGCAGGCCGCCGCCGCCGCCGCUGCUGCUGCUGCCGCCGGCGGUACCAAGGACCCGUCGUCGGCCGAGGGCGUCGCGCAGCUCGAGGGCGCGCGCCCUGCUCGCGCUGGUGCUACCGCCGCGUCCGGCCCUGACGACGUCGACAUCGAGUUUGCACCCAGCUACCAUGCUAUCUUGCUCGCCGCUUAUCGGUGGAACGAACGCUUCUUCCGCCCGCGUGGCCUCGUCGUCAGCAUCCACAAGGACCCUAACAUCCCCGACCCCAGUGCGGACGCUCAGCGUGCUCAGCGCGCCCAGCGCGCCGCCGCGCCCGCCGCGGCCACUGCCAACGCCCUCGCCUCGGGCAUGACCGGCCUGCGCGUCCGCAACGCCCCCGCCAACGCCAACGUCCCUGGCGCCGGCCGGCCCCGCGGAGCCCGCCUGGCUGCCAUGCUGGGAGAGGGUGAGCCCUAUGAGCGCCGUGCUGCUCGAGACGCUGUCAACGCUGCAGGUGGAUAUGGCGGCAUCGCCGGUGGUGGUGGUGCUCAGCACCAGCAGACCCCCGCAGCGGCGGCUCUCAAAGACGACUCGUCGAGCAGCAGCUCCUCCUCGUCGUCGUCGUCGAGCUCGUCUUCGUCCUCCGACUCCUCCUCCGACUCCGACUCGGAGGGCUCGGUCGGCUCGCUGCCCGACUACGACGACCUCUUUGACGCGCAGCUCCCCGUCGCCAAGGCCGGCGUCCAGGCCUGGCUCGACCACCCGGAGCAGCCCAUCACCAAGACGGGCGUCAAGAACCUCCUGGCGCAGAUCAAGGCCGCCAAGCAGCAGCAGCAGCAGCCAGGCCCCUUCCCUGUCAACAACAACAACACCGGCACCGCCGGCCAGCUGGCCUCGUACAGCAAGGCCGAGCUCGCGGCCCUGAGGAAGGACGUCAAGGGCCUCCUCCGGCGCUGGAAGAAGCUCAAGCGGGCGCAGAAGCAGGCCGCGCGCCGCCUGCGCAGGGACAAGAAGAAGCAGGCCCGCGCCGAGAAGAAGGAGCGCCGCACCGCCCGCCGCGAGGUCAAGAAGGCCGAGAAGAAGGCCCAGAAGGAGCGCCGCCGCGAGCGCCGCCGCGCCGAGGGCCGGCGCGGAGGACUUGCUGCUGCUGGUGGUGGUGGCCGUGGCGGCCACAUGGGCGGUGGUGGUGCCGGUGGUGGCCAUGCCUUUGCCCCCAGCGAUGUCGUUCCCGGUCAGGUUCCCGGCGGCGGUGGCCCGUCUACCUAUGGCCCGCCCCCCUUCGUCCCGCACGGCGUGGUCCCUGGCCAUGCCCCAGGUGUUUCCCCUGCCUUUGGUCCGGGCGUCCAUCCCGGUGUCGUCCACCCUCCUAUCGUCGUCGCGGGCGGCCUUCCGUCUCCCUUUCCGCCUCCCCCUGUCUUCCCUGCCGGUUACAACGGAUACGGCGGCACCUGGUCCCCGGGCGGCGGUGUCUUCUCGUUUGGAGGUCGUGGAGGCCAUUUUGGCCGUGGUGGCCGUGGUGGUCGUGGUCGUGGUGGUGGACGAGGCGGCCCUGGUGCCUAG